AUGGCAAAUUCCUCAGACGAAGAGGCUGAUUCACGCACAGCCCUGGUGGGAGCCCCGCGCACUCGCUCGAAUCCGCGUUCCACCUCGCGCUCCGCAUCCCACGACAGCACCCGCCCGGCGAAGCGACAACGCCGUAACAGAAAUAAGAAGGACUCAGACCUGGCCGACUUCGUUCCAAAAGGCGUCGCAUUCAGUGCCACUUCCUUGCCAGUAGAUGAUCCAGACAGCACAUCUAGUUCCGGAUCCAGUUCAGCGUCAAGUGAAGAUUCCGAUUCCGAUGCGAACCCAACUACCGUCGCAAACCCACACGCCGGCAACACCGCGCCUGCGAUUAGCUGGAACCAGGGUCGGAAGGCUGCAGUGCGAACAACACUUGGAAAACGAUCGGCGCCAACAAACGAGAAGCCUGGUCAAUUUGAAGCGGUGAAUGAUAAGUUUUGGCGCAGUCGCAGUGCAUCUGUUUCGGCCAAUGGUGAAGACAAGCCCUUAACAAACAACCAAUCUCAAAAUGAUGAUGAGCUGGAAGAUGGAGAAAUUGACUCAAAGAGUGACACAGACGAUUCAGAUUCUCUUGGUUCUGAAGCUGAUGACUCUAUCUUGUUGAACAUCGGGGAGAAGAUGGGAAUGGACAGUGCCAAUGACUACGACCCUGCCACCCUAGCUCAUCAGCAUGGUUCAAACACCGGAGACUCAAAUCUGAAAGGCACAUCUACACAAUCCGGACCUGGGUCAAAAGAGGAAGCAUUCCGGCUUUUCUCAAGCAAAUAUCCAAAUGCGCCUGCUGCUUUGGUGGACCUAAGCAAGACAGACCUUGAGCUCAUUGCGAAGUACGUCUAUUUCGAUCGCAGCAUCCAUGAUAUAGAUCUCAAACUUCCUAUCUCUUGCCUUGAAUGUCAACGUGAAGGCCAUAUGGCCGAUGUCUGCCCAGCAAAAGAGUGUGAACACUGUGGCGCCUGGAAUCAGCACCAAAGCAGUACUUGUCCCGACUGGCGACGAUGCCAAAGAUGCCGCGAACGUGGCCACGACGAGCCGCAAUGCAGUGCAAAGCUACGCAGUUUCGCAUACGAAGUGCCCUGUGACUACUGUGGCAGUGAGCAUCUGGAAAAUGAAUGCGAUUAUCUAUGGAAGUUCCCAAUCAGAGAUCUCCACUCCAACCAAGUCACAGUAUCAAUCUGCUGUGCGAAUUGCUGCAGUGCGAAACAUCUUAUGGGAGACUGCCCAGCUAACGACUUACGCGAACCGUGCACAACUUCAUCGUCAUUUACCCUGAAGGGUAUCGACUCCGACAUGAUCACGAACCUCAACACUGUUGUUCCGCCGCGAGAGACCCGCGCACCAAGCCGAUCUCGAUCCCGCGGACGAGACAGGGAAUGGUCUCGACCUCCAUCCCCAGACGACGAUGACAUGAUGUCCCGCGUAUCCCGAGGCCGAGGACGCCCCGUCCCUGCCCCUCGUGGCAACACCCGCGGCAGUAUCAAGUUCGCCAGCGGAGUCGGAGCUAAACGUGCGAACCCACCCCUUCCCCGGGGUCCUCCUCCACCAAGAGGCGGUGGUCGAGGCCGUGGACCACAACGAGGAGGAGGGUUCUCACGCGGACCACGUGGCGGCGGCAGAGGCCGCGGGUGGUAA